AUGGGUCGACUAUCACAGAGAGAGAAGGAUGAGCGGGAGGAGCGGAUGAUUUUGGCAAUUCAUCACUACAGAAAGAGUACAGAACCAUCAAUAAGUGCAACAGCAGAGAAGUACUCAAUUGCCUACUCAACUCUACGUGAUAGACUUGGAGGGGCCCAAAGUAGAAAGGAAAGUCAUCGGCAUCAACAGCUUUUAACUGAGCAAGAGGAGAAAUCAAUGGCCCGAUGGAUUUUGAAGAUGGAUGAGUGGGGCUUCCCACCUCGCAUAGCAAUAGUAAAGGAAAUGGCGGCUGUAUUGGUCAAAAACCGCACCAGUCAUCGAAAUCUAGGAAAACAUUGGCUUACUAGAUUCCUCGAUCGCAACCCUGAUGUAGCGACUAAGCUCAGCAAUCGCUUAGAUCGCCAGAGAGCCUAUGCAUCAAAUCUGGAAGCGUUAAAAGAUUAUUUUCGCAAGUUAAAUGAGGUGACCAAGAAGUUUAAUAUUCAGCCUCAAAAUACUUACAAUAUGGACGAAAAAGGUUUCAUGAUGGCUGUGGCUAAACGCUGCAAGGUGAUCUGUAAAAAGGGGAGGAGAAAUCCGCGAUUGACGCAUGACGGUAGCCGAGUUUGGGUGACCGUCAUUGAGGCUAUCAGUGGUGACGGUCGCACCUUACCACCAAUGAUAAUAAACAAAGGUGAUGGUCACUAUAUGGGCUGGUAUGCAGCAUUGAAAGAUAGUGACAAAGCAGUAUUUGGCUACUCCCCGAAAGGUUGGAGUGACCAAAAGCUUGGUUUCGAAUUGCUAGUCAAGGACUUUGAACCCAACUCGGCUAAACAGCUUUUAUUUCCAGCCAGAAAUCUCGCAUUUACAAAGGACAAUAUCCUCAGUGCAUGGAGAAAGACUGGCAUCAUUCCUUUCAAUCCCCGCAAAGUCAUUGAUAGGGAAAAGACCCUGGACGCCAAGAACGCCGAGCUUUCAAAGUUCCGCCCGCCCAUGACAGUAUCCGCAACUCCCAGGACUUCAAGAAGUGCAAUUAGCCUUGCUAGACAAGCAGCGGGACUACUAAAGGGUAAUACAGACAGUGCUCGCCGGCUAAAAGCUAUUAUCACACAGCUUAAUAAAGGUCUCCAAGGUGCCAUCACUGACAAGGAAAUUGGGGAGGAAAUGCACCGACAAUACAAGCAAAGAGUUGAGAAUAAGCCCAAAGCAAAGACAAAUGAUAAGCGGAGAAUCACUAAGGAAAAAGUCAUCACUACUGAGGAUGUAUUGAGAAUGAAAGAAGAGAGGGAAACCGUUGAUAAAAUUAAAAAAGAAAAGAAAAGAAACCCUAGAGGGAGGGCUAAAAAAGCGAAUUUAGAUGAAGGAACUGCCCCCAGCACCCCACCAAAGGAAAAAAAGAAUGUUCGGAUAUCAAAAAAAGUUAUCAUUAGUUUAGAUUCUGAUCUAGAAGUACAUGAGGGUGGAGUGGGUGGGUUACGGGCCAGUGAGAAGGAGGAAUGGUCAAGUAGCGGGGAACGUGAAUUUGUGUCAACCCCUUGUCACAAGCAGGGAAAGUGUUCCAUAGAUGAUCAGGACUUUACUACAAGUUCUUCUAAUGUAGUUACUACACUUGUUGGCAGCGGGAGGGUAUUGAGGUCGGGGAAAUGA